UUAAGGAUGACGACAAUUAAAUAAUAAUUAAAGAUGGAUAAACUCAUUGCUUUCACUAACAAAACAGAGGGAAGAGACAAGUUCUGUAAGGCUGUUCAGUAUGGCGCCAGAGUCGUUAAGUGGUAUCUUGAAGGAAAAGAUGAGGAACUCAAGGCAAGGUUCACCGGUCUUUUCAAUAACAUGAAGACUGCCAGAAAGUUGUUCAGACUUUUCAAGAGUGUCAAUGAGUAUCAAAAGAUUAUGAAUAUUCUUGGUAAGGGAGCUCAGUCUCAAACUGAUAUCAUCAAUGCUGCUUCAAGACUUUGCUUCUUGCUCUACUGGUUCUUUGAUAAUCUUGUGGUUCUCUCUUCAGUUAAGUUCCUCAACUAUGAUGCAAAGCAAAUGAACAAAUAUGGAGCCUUCUGGUGGCUUUGUGGACUUAUCCUCGGCCAAGCGGUUGCCUUCAUCAAGCUCUCAGAACUAGCAGAUCAAGAAGCCGCUCUUAGAAAGAAGGAAAGAAACGAUGAAACUAAGAAAGCACUCGUACAGAUUCAGGCCAAGAAGUUCACAGAGUACCUCAACAUCAUCAAGCAAGCAGGAGAUAUGAUCACCUCUUCCCAAGCUAUCGAACUACCAGCCAAAUUCGGAUUCAACUUCAAUGACGGAGCAGUUGGAAUGGGAGGAUUCGUCAGUGCAGUUGUCACUAUGUACCAGCUCUACCCAUAAAUUAUCUACAAAAAAUGCUUCCAAAUCUUCUUUUCCUUCUAG